ACCCGAGUGUAAUCAGUCAAGCAGCGCAACUUCCGUAGUCAGACUGAGCUCUAGCUCAAUAGCUUAGUCAUGAGCAGCCUGUGUGUUUGGGGACAAAGACAACCGCUCGACUGCUGGAUAUAAGGGCAGAGUCCGUGCCCGCGAUUAAUUAAUAGUGGACUAACACUGUCCGUGUCUGUUAUUUUGGUUUCUGCUUAACACUGUCAGCACGGCAUUGUUGAAGAGCAGGCGCUAGCUUAGCACGCUAGCUGUGUGUUUGUGUGCGGGUUUAAAGGUUCGGUUCGGUUCGGGUUUGGUACGGAGCUGUCGCUAAACUGGCGAGGUGACCAAAGAUGAAUCGGUUCCGAAAGUGGCUUUAUAAGCCAAAGAGGUCAGAUCCGCAGCUGCUGGCCCAGUUCUACUAUGCAGAUGAAGAGCUGAACCAGGUGGCCACUGAGCUGGACAGUUUGGACGGCAGGAAGGACCCUCAGAGGUGUACCCUGCUGGUCAACCAGUUCCGCUCCUGCCAGGACAAUGUGUUAAACAUCAUUAAUCAGAUCAUGGAUGAAUGCAUACCUGAAGACCGAGCCAACAGAGACUUCUGCGUGAAGUUCCCAGAAGAGAUCCGUCAUGACAACCUUGCCGGGCAGCUGUGGUUUGGCGCAGAGUGCCUGGCAGCAGGAUCGAUCAUCAUGAAUCGUGAAAUCGAGAGCAUGGCCAUGAGACCACUGGCUAAAGACCUCACCCGUAGCCUGGAGGAAGUACGCAACAUCACCCGAGACCAAGCACUACGAGAUCUCAACAACUACACAGACCGCAUGAAAGAAGCGCUACGUCAGUUUGACAUCCUCUUCGCUGAGUUUGAGCUCAGCUACGUGUCAGCCAUGGUGCCUGUGAAGUCCCCUAAAGAGUAUUACAUCCAGCAGGAGGUGAUUGUGCUCUUCUGUGAGACAGUUGAGAGGGCCCUGAAGCUUGAGUAUCUUACACAAGACAUGAUUGACGACUACGAACCAGCUCUUAUGUUUACAAUUCCUAGACUUGCCAUUGUCUGUGGCCUUGUUAUCUACUCUGAAGGACCUCUUAACCUCGACCGCAAACCAGAGGACAUGUCUGAACUCUUCCGGCCCUUCCGUACUUUGCUGAGAAAAAUAAGGGAUCUUCUGCAGACACUAACAGAAGAAGAGCUCAUGACGCUGGAGCGUAGCCUCUGCAUUUCCCAGGAUGGAGAAUUCCCUGCAGGUUCCAGCAUGCCAUCGACCAAUGACCCGGCCACUUCCACUGGUCCCGAGAGCCAUCUAGAGACACUGGAAAAGGACGAUACAGUUGAGGAGGUGGUGGAUCUCACACUUUGUGUAGCACAGGAAGAAGAUUCUGUAUGGAAGGAGGAUGAGGAGAAGAUGGAGCAGCCCGACACCUCCAGUGAGAGUGAGGAAGAGGAGGCCACAGAUACAGACUUGGCUUGCUCUAUGCAGUAUGAUGAAGAAGAGAUAGAGCAACUUAAUAUGAUGGUGCAUCAAGUGGGGGACGAAAUGUCUACGCUUCUUUCCCCUCCAAGUCAGAAUCAGUCCCCAGCCCACCAGCCUCGACCCUAUAGAGGAAGUAGCCUCGAUGGUUCCAGUGCCACCUCCAGCCAGCAGGCAUCUCCAAGGAGAGCCCCGGGUUCCUACCAUGAUGACGAUAGAUUGUUCUUUAUGGACGACCUGGAGUCUGGUGUAACUAGCGAACUGUGUCGCGGACAACUUGCCCUUCCUACCGUAUGCCUCAGAUCCCCUGAGGACAGUAGACCCAUCCCGUUGACUGACUCAUCAAGUAAUGCUUGGUUGACAAUCUGCCAAUCAAGCAACACCACCAAUCUGGAAUGUCAGCGCAAACUGAGCCAAUCGGCUGAGUCCGUGGAGAACUCUGACAGAUCGCCCAUGGUGAAUGGCUGGGAAGGUUCACAGGAGGAAGAUAGCGUACAGACUGCGGAAGAAAUCGCCAAUCGCACCGGUGGAAUGAAGCUUUCUGCCACUGUUAUUUUUAAUCCUCAUUCCCCAAGCUUGACCGACAUAGCCGUCGUCUUGCCUCAUUCAGCUGAUGUUCCUGAACCCGGUGAGGGUGGGACUUUAGUUGCCACUCAGUGCCUGCUUAAUUCCUGUGUGUGCUGUGCUGGCGGAUGCGUUGACAACCACGAAGAUGCCAUGGAGCCUGCUGGCCGGGGCAUGGCGCUGGGAUUUGAGAAGCACAAGCUCACCAUCACAAGCUCUGUAAUCCAAUCAGCAGUAGCUGCUGCCAGCCCAGGGAAGGGAAAUGGACAUUUACCGCUCACCCUGCCCCCUUCUCAGGGCCACCUCACCCCUUCUGUACCACACUGUUCUGUGCAGAACCAAGCGAGAGAAGAGAAUGGCAGUCAGGACUGUACACACUAUUCCUGCUGUGAGAAAUGCACCUCAGGGGUUCUUCUGGCUCAGGAUAGAGGCUUGGGACAAGGGGAUGGAGGACCUAGUUGCACCCAUCAGGACACAGGAUGCCAUACGCAACAUAACACUACAGUAAAAGGGAGAUCGGAAGGUUUUGGAAAACAAUCCAAAGAAGAUAACAGAAAAAUCUCUAGCAGUUCUCAAGGGUCCCCCCUCAGUUCUGUCCCCAGCAGUGACAUUGACGGUGUUUCUGUCACUACAUGCAGUUUGUCAAGUUCAUACACACCCAGCCCUGUCAGUAGCCUGACAACCAGCUCGGACAUGUCUGAGGAUCUGGAUCACCAGGAGAUUCAAGUGGCUUUGCAAGCUGCCAAACUUGCUGCUCACAACAAAAUUCGAUCCCGUUUCCAUAGCAGUAGUGACCUCAUCCAUCGUCUUUUUGUCUGCAUAUCAGGUGUGGCUGAUCAGUUGCAAACAAAUUAUGCGAGUGACCUGAGAAGCAUCUUAAAGACUUUAUUUGAGGUCAUGGCUACAAAAUCCGAUCAAGGGGACAAUGAGAAGCCCAAGAAAGGUCCGUGUCUCGGCAGUGCAGUACUGGAAGAUUGCGCUCUCUGUCAGGAGACCAUCUCUUCAUCAGAGCUCGCUGCCAAAGCCCGAGAGGGACAGUUUGAAGAUCCUCCUGAAUGGGUACCAGAUGAGGCCUGCAAUUCCUGCAUUGCAUGUAAAGCACCAUUUACAGUCAUCAGAAGAAAACAUCACUGCAGGAGCUGUGGAAAGAUCUUCUGUUCCCGCUGCUCUUCACAUUCAGCUCCGUUGCCUAGAUACGGUCAGAUGAAGCCGGUGAGAGUUUGCACUCACUGCUACAUGUUCCACGUAACGCCUUUCUACAGCGACAGGACUGGUAUUUGACCACACCAUACAUCCACACAACACAGAAAGACAUAAGCACACUACAAGAAGUUUUACUGAGGUUUGAUACUUCAGUGAGAACAGACAUGCACAUCAUUUUCACCAUCCAAAAAAAAAAAAAAAAAAAUUGUAAAUAUGAACACUAAAUGCAAUCACUUCAAAGCAAAAGAAAAAUCCUUGACCAGGGAACAAAGCGAGAAGGACUCGAAUGGACGGGUUGGGAAGGCCUCAAGCACAUAAAGGAAGUACCCCAUCGCUAUGGGAGCCAAAGUAUUUAUUUAGGGCUUUGCUUUUGAAUAAUGAGCUUAAUUACAAAUUUGCUUUAAUCGAGCAUGGAACAAGCGGUCUAUUCUGUGAAACAGAAGUGCACCCGAACAACACAAACAAGAGACAUGCAGCUUGUUAACAGGAUUUUGUCUGGCAGUAAUUGCGGCUUUAUUAGCGCCGGAGAUUUUAUGGGCUCAGAUUUCUAGAAUGAAUGUAAACUGUGAGCACAUUAUAAAUAUGAGAAUAACAAACUGUGACUUAUGAAGACAAUAAUACUAACACUAACUGCACCAUCAGUGACACCUUUGUGGCACAAUAUAGCACAGAUGUUUGUUUUUUCCCAAUUUAUUAUUUUUUUUUUUUUUUUUUUUUUUAAGAAAAUAAUGCUGCUUUCUGUAAAACAGAAGUAAUAUUUGAGGAUUUAGUUGAAUGGCCAAAAAAAAAAAAAAAAGAUGUGUGUAUAUAUGCUUGAAAGUUUGACAUGGAUUUAAUAUAUCUUCCAAAAGAGAAGAUUCUCUCAUAUUCCUCAUGCAAAUGAAUGUGCAACACUUGGAUGUUCUUUUCUUUUUCUUUUUUUUCUUUUCUUUCUGUAACUGUAAAGUAAUUGCCUUUUACAGCAGUUUGGGAGCCUUCUGCUUUUCCCUCUGGUACAAAAGAACACUUUACACCCCCUACCUCAUCCCUGUUGACCCCUCUCACGCGGUUCCGUCCCGUUACAGUAUGCCUACACUACCGUAUCGGUCAAUCCUGACUGUCUUCUACACUAAUAGGCAGAUGCCUUUCUUUGUCUUUGCACUUUUUUUGUGGAUUAUAUAAUGACCAACCACUACGUUUUAUUUGCAAUUGUAGAAAGUUAAUCAUAUUUGAAGAUGUAUAAUGACGAAUCUCAUGAAUCCUGUCAAAAAUAUGACAUCUGGGUCAUAUUUUUACUGCAAAAUAAAAAGACUGACAUUUUAAUUAAUGUUACAUAAAGGAAAUGAAGCUGAUUUAUUAUAUCUCUGCAUUAAUGUUAAGGUCAUUUAGCACUUUGCCAAUUCUCAUUAUUGUAAUGUGAAAAAAUAAAUUGUGAUGUAUUCACAAUAAUUGUGCUGAAUUCAAUUCAUGCUGAUUUUAUUUUUAAUCAGCCUAAAAUUGGCUUCAUUUUCUUUAUGCAAUUUUUUUCCGAUUUUGGGGAUAACCUGGAAAUCUGACCUCCUUUUGACAUUAACUAAUGAAAGAAAUACUACAUCAUGAUCCUGUAUUGGUUUAAGAUCUCAAUGUGAUCAGGAAAAUUGUUUUAGUUUUGUACACUGCUUUUGAAACCUCAGUAUUAACUGCAAAACACCUGCUUUUAUAACUUCAUCACCUUUUAGAAAUCAAACUGAGGAUUAUUUUCUUAUAAACAGGCAAUAUCCGUAAUUGCUAUAAAUUUACGUAGGAGCCGUAUAAAUGCACCAGUUGUUGCAGUCAAGCUGGUCUAAGAUUGAGCAUGUCGAUAUUGUGCUUCAAAACGGUUUUGACCUAAACACGUUAUCUGAAAUGGAGCGAUAUGACAAACACUACUGGCUAACAUAUUAUGCACUUUGUAUGGCAAAUAGAGGAGCAUUUGAAGUCGGCUACAGCUUGCAAUCGAUGCCACAUUCGAUGAUUUAUUAUGUGUAAUGAUCUCAAGUCAUUUUACAGUAAGUUAUCUUGAACCUUGCACCUGAUUUCAGAUGUUAAUUACAUGUUUCUGAGAUCUUAGUGUUAAACAUUCUCAGUAGAUACUUUAUUAGACACUGUUUUCCAACACUAAAGAAUCUGAAAUAGUAUGAAUUACAUAAUUUAUCAUGUCAUAUAUUUAUUUAGCCUUAUUAAUGAGUACAGAACACAUUCCUUUUUGCCAAAAUUAUUAUUGUAAGUCCUUGGCACCCAUGCAGCCAAAUACAAAUGGUUUCUAGUAAGAUAAAGGUCUAAUAAUGUUUGCAUGCAUCUUGUAAAGUGGCGUUUAUUAAGUUGAGUAUGACCAGUUCUAGCAAUAUUGUAAGCUACAUCACACUUGAGGCAGUUUGAUUCUGCUGGUUGAUGGUUAAUACUUUACCUCUUUCUGCCUCAUUACCUUUGACCGAGUGUUAAAGCUAAUCAUUCCCGUAUUCAAACCGGUCCUCGCUCUCAUCAUACUGCUGCGUUUACUGGACAUUCACAAUGUCUACAGCUUUAAAAUUCUGCAAAACUUUUUUUUUUUGUUGUUGUUGUUCAUUUAUGCAUAUUUAAAGGUUUAUAAUGAUAAAUGGCAUUUACGUUUCCCUUAUGAUCAUUUGGAACGGCAGGGUACAGCUAUAUUUAUUCAGACUUUUCAGUUCCUUUUUUUUUUCUUAAAGGGAUAGUUCACCCAAAAAUGAAGAUUCUGUCAUUAUUUACUCACCCUCAGGUUGUUCCAAACCUGUAUGAAUUUUUUUCUUCUGCUGAUAUUUUGAAGAAUUUGGGUAACCAAACAUUUGAUUGGACCACAUAGACGUCCAUAGUAUGGGAAAAAAAUACUUUAGAAGUCAACGGGGCCCAACAACUGUUUGGUUACUGACAUUCUUCAAAAUAUCUUCUUUAGUGUUAAGCAGAAGAAAGAAAUUCAUACAGGUUUGGAACAACUUGAGGGUAAGUGAAUGACAGAAUUUUAAUUUUUGGGUGAACUAUCCCUUUAAAAGCAUGGUCAUUUUAUUAUUUCCAGAUUUACCACUACUGGAGUUGGUUGUUAUAAUAAGAUUUGAAAGUACCUCUUGAUUGCUUUGCCUUCAUAUUACUCACCUGAAGUCAGCUGAACAGAUUCUAGGUCCGUCAGUGUUGGGAUAGACCGCUUCACCUGACACUGGAAUCAAUUUGCCGUUGCACACUACUCCAGUUAUAGCUUUAGAAUCACUUCCGGGUUGAUACGAUAUAGUCUUGUAUACAGAUUUCCAUCUUUAUUGAGUGGUACGAUCAAGUAGACAUUUGCAGAGUGGAACAAUUGUCAUUUUUCUUGUUGCUUCCUGUUUUGAUAUCAUGAGUGUUCCUCAGGAAUGUCUUGAUUGUACAUCGGCAUGAUACUGAAGGAUUGAUUUUUACAGCUACUCUUGGAAUGUUUUAUGAUUUGAAAUGAGACGGUGACUGAGAAUCAGCCAAAGGUCGAAUACUUCCUCGGAUGGCAGGUUCAGCGUCUGAAGACUCAACUUCCAGCCUGUCAUGUGAUAAGCUCAGUUUCUGAUUUGUGCCCUCUUCUGAAUCUUUUUUGUUUGUUUUUUUUUUUUUGUUUUGUUUUGUUUUUUGUAUUAAAAAUAAGAUACGAGUCUUUAAAAUUAUACAGAUGUUUUAUUUUACAGAGAACAAAAAUAAUGAAAUUAUAUAUGUACAAAAUUACUUUUUUCUGUAUAAAGAGAAUCACAAUGAGAGAAUUUACUCUAUUUAUUCAAAGCUUGUUCUUAUUUUGUAAUGGCCGGUUCAGUCUAAUAAGAUGUAAAGAAGAACUUUUCGAAGUCUACUAAGUAUUUAUGUCAUGCGAUGAAAGUAAUAAAUGAAGUUUUCUUUACAUAA